CCUUGUUCUGGGUUAGAGGACCUGGUAGCGUCAGUUAACGCUCGGGUUUCGUUUGCUUUUCUUGUUAGGGCGCCCCUCGGCCUUCGAUUAAUAAGGCUCGGUACAACGGACAAGUGAGCGGUUCCACUGCUAGUUAGUCGAUAGGAGGAGCCGGUAGUCGUCCGACCGUACCAUUAGGCGCCUGGGCGGGAGGAGGGGUUUUGCAGGGUCUUAGGACGCCGUCGGGCACUAGGCUCGGAGAAGGACAGGAAAAUGGCGGCCUUAGGGUCCCCGGCGCGCACUUUGCGAGGACUUCUGCGGGAGUUGCGCUACCUGAGCGCGGCCACCGGCCGACCCUAUCGCGACACCGCGGCCUAUCGGUACCUUGUGAAGGCUUUCCGUGCACACCGGGUCACCAGUGAAAAGUUGUGCAGAGCCCAACAUGAGCUUCAUUUCCAAGCUGCCACCUAUCUCUGCCUCCUGCGUAGCAUCCGGGAACAUGUGGCCCUACAUCAGGAAUUUCAUGGCAAGGGUGAGCGCUCAGUGGAGGAGUCUGCUGGCUUGGUGGGUCUCACAUUGCCCCAUCAGCCUGGAGGGAAGGGCUGGGAGCCGUGAACAUGGAGAGUAUCCUCGGAUGCUACAUUCAUAGGAGAACUGAAUAAUUUCUAUCAAUAUGUAUUUACCAUUAAAUUUUUUUUAAGUUUAA